AGGGAGCUAAUGAGAAUGAUGACGGCUCAAAGGUCGUUCCUGACUACAGCCAGCUCAGAGUGCCCUCGGCAAAAACACUCGCUACUCUGGAAGAUUUCAAUACCAGGCUCUAUAUUGGAACAGAGGAUGGGGAGAUUAUUUACACCGACUGGAAACUGGUGAAGGACGACUCUGGGAGGCAGCAGAGUGCCAAGCCCCUCCACUGCUUUAGAACCCAUCACUGGCUGGUGAACACGGUACAGAGGUCGCCCUUCUACAAAGACAUUAUUUUGACAAUGGGAAGCUGGAACUUCGCCAUCUGGAAGGAGGGAGUCAUGGAAGGCCCCAUCGUCACGUCCCCGAGCUCUGAGCAGGUGUGCACAGCUGGAUGUUGGUCCCCGUCCCGGCCAGCUGUUUUCUUCAUCGGGAAAGAUGACGGCAGCAUCGAGGUGUGGAACCUGCUGGAGAAGACCGGUGAACCUUUGCAGGUCCACGCUCACAUCACUGAUGCCAAGAUCACCUGCAUCAAACCCUGGACCGCCUCCUCCAAGCAGCACUUCCUGGCGGUGACUGACGACCUUGGGAUGGUUCGUGUUUUGGAAAUCCCAAAGACCCUCUACGCUCCGUCCAGGAGUGAGAAUUUGAGUGUGAAGAAGUACUUCAAGCUGGAGGAGGACAGGUUAAAGGAUUUUAUAAAGAGGGAUGAGCUGUGGGCGAAACAGAAGAAGGAAGCAGAGGAGCUCAAGAAGAAAAUGGAUCCUUACAAGCCGGUCAAAUCUCCGACAGAGAAUGACGAGGAGAACAUGAAGGAGUAUAAUGUUCACCUGGAGCUGGAGGAGAGCGUCCUGAAGGGCCUGGGCCUGUGGACCGCUCCUGCCGACACGGAAGAUACAUGAUAUCCCACGCAUUUACACACAUCUGCACGGACUGCAUUUAUACAGAAACAUGGUUUAUUCUUUUAAUUUAUAUCUUCAUCAAAAUUGUUAACCUAAACAGAUUCUUGUAAUAUUAAAAACAUUUGCAGUUUU